CUUUCACUCGAUCAUCCCUUCACAUGACACAACCCAAUGCAAUGCUGAUCUCAUCAGCACGCGCCUUCCCGCCCUGCACUCCUUUUUUUUUUUGCAGUUUGAUAUUGCUCCGUCCAUCAUAUCUAUUCAUCUCCCUUCCCAAGUUAACUGCUUCCUCACCAAACACCGUACUCUCCAGCUUCAAACUCUCCUUCCGGCCCUUGCAGAUCGCAGCUUCAAAAUCUCCCUCCCAGUCCCAGUCCCAGUCCCAGCUGGAGAGUGAGAUCAGCUGCUAGCAAGGCUAUACAAACUCGUUGCUCCCACCAGCCCAGCAGAAACCAUCACUACCAACAUCUAUCCAGCGGCUACCAGCUGCACUUGGCUUCCUUCCUUGUUGCUGCAUUGUAGUAGCUUGAUCAUCUUGAAAAGCCUACGCUAUCAACCUCCAACCUGCAAGCUAAGCUACCAUGGGGCGAAGGACCAAGCAGUCUUCUUCGUUGUCGUUGUUCCGGUACUCGCGGAGCCGUUCUUCCUCCGCGCCCACCACGCCGAGGCCGGAACCAGCAGCAGAGCCUCCCGUCGGGUGCAUGUCCAUGGUGCACUACCUCAUCUUCGCGCCUGGCGCCGGCUGCGUCGGCCGCCCGCCCACUUCCGCUAACGCUGCCGUCGUCACGCCGCACGACUGCCACGGCCUCGGCAGCAGCGACGGCCACCGGCGGUGCGACGGCAGCAAGAGCGGAUUCGAGGCGCCCAGGAACAGCCUCGAUCUCGACGCUGACAACCCCAACGACAUCCAGAUUGGCGUGCAGAUCCAGCCGGUGUUCGACGCCCUCGCCAGCAGGACAAGCAGCAUGCGCCGCCCCACCAAGCCCACGGCGCCGUCGUCCGAGGCCGAGACGCCCAGGACGCCCAGCCUCGUCGCGCGCCUCAUGGGCAUCGACGGCCUGCCGGACCAGCAGAGCUCGCCGGCGUCGGCUCCGGCGCAGCACAAGAAGCCCGGCCCCGUCAGAAGAUCAAGCUCCACGGGCAAGGAGAACGACAGCAGCCGCUGCUCCCCGCCGGCGUCUAGAGAGAAGAAGAAGCGCGUGAUCCCCGAGUCCAUGAACCGGGAGCCGCUGCGCCGCCUCAGCUGCAACGUCGUCGCCGAGGCCCGGUCGCUACCGGACACGCCGCGCGCGUCCACGUCGGCGCGGGCGUCCUGGGACGGGCCCAGGCUGUCGCUGCAGGCGCUCAAGGAGAACGUCCUCGACCGGGCCGCGCACUACAUGUCCAUGCCCAGCUCGCCCACGUACCUGUCCGCCGCCGCCGCCGGCAACAACAAGAGGAAAGAUGCUGCCUGCAGCCGCCGCCGGCGGCGGGACGAGAAGGCGGCCAAGGCGCACGCGCGCGAGAUCCUCCUCCAGGCCAAGGAGACGGUCGCCAGCCGCAAGUCUGGCAAGAACAACGCAUCCUCGUCGCCGGCGGCGGAGAAAAGGCAGAGCUGCUUUAACGACAACAAGGAGAACGUGCCGGCUCCCGCUCUGGAGGACGCCAAGCUGCGUGUCGUGGCUCAACAAACUGCCAAGCCGACGACUGUGGCCCCAAAGCCAAACGCCGAGCAUCACAGCCCCAGGGUGGCGCUGGCGCCGAGGCAGCAGCCGUCGACCCCUCCGCCGCCGCAGCGUGCCAAGCCGUCGCGGCCGCCGCCGCCGCCACCUCCGCUGGACCCGCCACCCACCAGAGCGAGAAAACCUGACGGGUGCGAGCGCUUCGCUACGCGGAUCAAGAAGCCCGCGGCGUGCCCGGGGUCCGCGCCGCCGACGUCGUCGUCAUCAACGGACUGCUGCUCGGCAGCGGAGGCCCGCGCCCGCCCGCCGUCGUCGCCGCUGGAGGAGGACCCCGAGUACAGGUACCUGCGGACGGUGCUGGAGCGCGGCGGGUUCAUGCGGUCGCCGCCGCCACGGCGGCCGGGGCGGAGCCACUCGGUGGCGUCGCCAGUGGACCCGAUCUUGUUCCACCUCCUGGAGCUGGAGCUGCCUGCCGUCGAAUCACAAACACGGCUCGGGCCCCUCCGGCAUCGGUGCAACCGGAAGCUGCUGUUCCACCUGGCGCAGGAGCUACUGGCAGACCUGCUGCUGGACCUGGACGCGUCGGCGGCGGCAUCAGUAUCACCAUGCGCCGGAGCGACGGCGACGGGGUUGCCGCUGCUGGGGAAGGUGUGGAAAAGUGUGCGGAGCUUCCCGGCCGCGGACUGCCGGGUGGUGGGCGACAUCGACGCGCUGGUGGCGGCGGACCUGAAGUCGUCGAACGUGCGGCAGCUGGCGCGGCACCCCGCGGUGGUGGAGGAUGCGGGCGACGUGGCGGAGGAGGUGGCGGACCGGGUCCUGGACGCGCUCGUCGCGGAGUGCGUGGCGGAAUCUGUUUCUCUCUCCUGCGCCGCUUAGUCGCACUCGUCGUCGUCACGUGCGGCGGCGAGGUAACCGUUGGGGCGGAUCGGGAUUGGGGGCGCCCGUGACGUCACGCGGCCAGCGGAUCUCGAC